CUUCAACUUCAGCCUAAAGCUGCCAUGCAUUUCCUGAACGCGCUGCGCCUGUCAAACUCUGCUCAACUGGUGGUCAAAAGUACAGAUGUGGCGAAGAAGGUUUUCAUCGUGCAACCAGCAUGCUGUUUGGGCACGAAAUCAAUAACUCAGUUUCAGAGACGAUCCCCUGCACUACGAGAUCGUUUGCAUCUGAAAAUGAAUAUGCAUUCAAAGCCAUCUGGUUCCGGAGUGGAAAACAUGCUUUUCUACACCAUCACAGAGGGAAAAGAGCAAGUGCCCAUCUCAUACUUUACAGCAGCACUGAAAAAAAAUGGCCUUCACCCAUCCGAUCCUCGCCUUAAAGACUGCAUGGAGAAGCUCCGAGAGGCCGUGAAGGAAUCUGUUGGCGAGGUGAUGAUGGACAAAGACCUUUUCCACAGAUGUGUAGGAGGAAACAUUGUUCUGCUAAUCCAGGCCUUCAGGAAGAAGUUUAUCAUCCCUGAGUUUGACCUGUUUGUACAGAAAAUAAAUGAAAUCUACGAAAAAGUGCAGAAGCAAAGUGAUGGGAAGGUUGCAGACUACAUUCCCCAACUGGCUAAAUUCAGCCCAGAGCUAUGGGGUGUGUCUUUGUGUACAGUUGACGGACAGAGGCACUCAGUAGGCCACACCAAACAGCCGUUUUGCCUGCAGUCCUGCGUGAAGCCCCUGCAGUAUGCCAUUGCCGUACAUGAGUCAGAAACUGAGAAGGUUCACCGCUAUGUUGGCAUGGAGCCCAGUGGACUCAAGUUCAAUGUGCUUUCACUUGAUGAUGAAGAUAAGCCCCAUAAUCCCAUGGUGAAUGCUGGAGCCAUUUUGAUCAGCUCUCUUAUCAAGCCUCACUCAAAUAAGGCAGAAAAGUUUGACUAUGUUAUGGAGUUUGUGAAAAAGAUGGCUGGCCAAGAAUAUGUAGGAUUCAGCAAUGCCACGUUCCAGUCAGAAAAAGAAACAGGUGACAGGAAUUUUGCCAUUGGAUACUACAUGAAAGAGAAGAAGUGUUUUCCUCUGGGAGCAGAUAUGAUCGAUGCCCUUGACUUCUACUUCCAGCUUUGCUCCAUUGAGGUAACCUGUGAGUCAGGAAGCAUCAUGGCUGCCACUCUGGCCAAUGGGGGAAUUUGCCCAAUUACAGGCGAGCGUGUCCUGAGUACUGAGGCUGUGCGAAACACCCUGAGCCUCAUGCACUCCUGUGGCAUGUAUGACUUCUCCGGCCAGAUGGCUUUUCAUGUGGGCUUGCCUGCAAAAUCAGGAGUAUCCGGUGCAAUUCUGUUGGUGAUCCCCAAUGUGAUGGGAGUGAUGUGCUGGUCUCCUCCACUGGACAGGGUUGGAAACAGUGUCCGAGGAAUACACUUCUGUCAGGAACUUGUGUCAGUGUUCAAUUUUCACAAUUACGACAACUUGAGGCACUUUGUAAAGAAACAGGACCCUCGCAGACAGGAUGGAGAUGACAGGAACAAGUCUGUUUUCAACUUGUUGUUUGCUGCCUACAGUGGAGAUGUAUCGGCACUGAGAAGAUUUGCACUUUCUUCCAUGGACAUGGACCUCAAAGACUAUGAUUUUCGAACAGCGCUUCAUGUUGCUGCAGCUGAGGGUCACAUGGAUGUAGUAAAAUUCCUCACUGAAACCUGCAAAGUUGAUCCAUUUGUAGAAGACAGGUGGGGGAAUCUACCGGUCGAUGAUGCCAUGCAAUUUGGGCAUGACGAGCUAGUGACGGUGCUCAAAGAUUACCAGCAAGAGUGCAAGCAGCAGGAAAAGAAGCAGAGUGAAGCUGUGCAUCCCCAGAAGCUUGACACCAUUGACGGCAUGGUGUGAUAGCUAAAAUGAAGUUCUGAAAUUGUAAUACAUCAGGGCAUUUGUGCAAUUUUCCAAGUUUAGAAAUAUGGGUGUCCAUUUGUAGCACGAAACAUGAGUGACGCACAAACAACAGAAUAUAACUGUCAUGGAAAAAUCUUUAUGAAAGAUUUUCUUCAAAUUCGAGUCAGGUGAAAAUUUUAUUGUUUAGCAUUUCCUUUUUGUGAUUUUGAGUCUUUUUGUUAGAAACACUAGGUAAGUAGGUUGGUGCCACCCAUGUAAUUUUGAGCUUGUUUUGAGUUGAGGUUUAGGGUCUUUCCCUCUUGUUUUUGCUUUUCUAGGAUAAUAGCUCAGCUAAGUUUUGGUUUUGUCUUUUUGGUGGGUUUUUUUUGGCACAACCUAACUGUCCCUUUCUCCCCCACAUUUGUUGUUUGAGUCUGGGUUAUUUAUUUUGUGAGAGCGCUGCCAUUAAACCUUUUUCAUAACACCUGUACCGAGUUUCCGGAGUUGUUGUGUUAUCCCCUCCUGCCCUCGAGGAGACGCAACAAUUGCAUUUUUAGAACACUACAGUCCGUAUAGCAUUUCUAUUCUAUAAUGUAUAUAUGUGUGAGGUUCACUUGAUUGAUAUCUCUGUCAAAGUGCAACCGAGUACAAUGUAGUGCCACACAAAGGGAAAUUGAUGCCACCUGACUCAAAGUUACAUGGAUUUCAGCAGCAGGUGACAGGGUGUAAAAGAUUUUUGAUGACAGGAAGGUGCUUGUUGUUUUUGUUCUAUAAAGGAUUUUCCCUCCUU